UGUCCAAAGGCUCCUCCCUUGCCCUUGGCAGGCUGGUGGCUGGGAGUCUGCUUUUCCUCUGGGAAGCCUGGGAGUGGCUUCCCCGCUGCGGGCCUUCACCCAGGCAAGACCCCGCACCAACCCAAUCUCAUUUGUACACGACAGGGACGAGUUUGUCUUUGUGCCCAGGCUAGGGAUCACUCACUCACUGGAUGGGGAACAGAUGCAGCUGGUGAGAGAGGCAAGGGUGGAAACCUUUAGGAAGCAAUUUGCCUGCCACCCAAAUCUCUGGAAGGCGCUGUUCCCUGCCUAGAGCUGGCUUUACCUUCAUAAUUGAAUUUAAAUAUUGGUAUUUGGUAACAAGAAGCAGAGUGAACACGCUCUGCCAGUAGGUAGGAAGGAAGCUCAGGGACGGCAGUGGAAAAUGUCUAUCUAAACAUAGCUCUACUGAUUAGAAACCCGCCUACAUGUGCCUGCUUCAGGCUGAGGGUCAAUGAGUAUUUCUGUGAAAAUUAUCUCACAUAACCUAGUGCAUUUGUGUCUUUUCAGUCAAAUAAGUAGAGAACCAAUGAAUAGAGAACACACAGUUAAAGAAGCCUUAUUGAAAGCCUGAUUUUAUCCGACCUUUUCGUUUUAAAUCAGACCACAGAGGGCAAGAGGGGAGAAAGAAGCCUGGAAACGAAAGGGAGGUUUCGGUGUCCGCAGGACUCGGCCCAGUUGGCUGACUUGGGUCCAUAAAGGCCGAAGCCUUGCGGGCAGUAUCCGCAUCCUCCUUGGCCGGGGCAGAGGGGCAGUGCGUCCUGCCAGAACCUCCUGGACGCGCAUCGGGCAAAACCGGAGCAGGAAUGAGCCGGUGGCGAGGGCACCCGGCCCUCCCUUGGCGAAGUGCGUUCCUUCCCGCGAUCCCCGAAAUCGCUCCCCGCUCGGGCUGUUGGACUGGGCAGGUUCUACUUUAAACACCAGCUCUGUUGGCCCCUCCAGUCGCUUGAGUCUAGACAGACGGCGGCGGCGGGGGCCUUGGUCUUUUCUCUUUGCGUCUUGCUGUGUGUCACCCCAGGAACAAUUUAUUGGUCUAAAAAGGUCUAAUUCUGCUUCUUUGAUCUCCUAGCCUUCUUGUUUACUUCAUCUUCCUUUAACUUUCUUGGGUUUUUAUUUCCUUCCAGAAGGCGAUGCGACUGGGAUUAUUUAGGUCUUUUCUUUUUGUCUUACUCCCUCUAUUCUCCAUCGGAGACAAGGUAUCAUCUGAUCCGCCAUAAAGGCGUCCCCGGAUGUUGUCCCUCACUCCACACUCCUACCCCCAGGCUUCCGUGGCCCGGGAGGAGACAGCCCAGCGCCCACCUGCCCCACCAGCCCCCGCCUUCCUACCCAAGCCCCGGUGGUUCACUGCGCAGGAACUGGGGCUCCGUGGCGUCCCGAUCUGAACCCUCCCUCCACCUUUUGUAUUCCUGGGACCCCCUGAGAGGGUGCGGUAAACGGGGACGGCCUGGACCCUCUGAAAGUGAUGGGAAGUGCUUAGUACACAAGGAACUAAACUCUAUAAUUUACAGGAGAAUUUCCGGGGCAAUUCCAUUGUGAGGUCGGGUUUAUGGUGUGUAAUCGAGCUGAGCAGUAAAAGGUGGCCGGGCUUCCAGCGCAGCCGGGCAGUUUAUGAGGCGUUUAGGGGAAGGGUUCUCCCCACCAUCCUCCACCGAGCGGUGGGCGGCAGGGGCUUCAGCUGGUCCAACAUGGUGCAGGCGUCGGAGGCCUGGAAGGGCGGAUAAACAGUGUGCCUCCGAUUAAGGAAAGGAAGCUGGGAGACGUUGACUUUAUUCGAACCACAUGGCUCCAGUUUGCGGUGGCAAUCUCUCUGCAGCUGCAAGAGAUGCUGCGCCUUCCCCGUCUGGAUCCGAGUCUAAGUCCGGCCUGUCGCCCACUGGACCUGGGCGGCUGCGGGCCCCGCGGAGCGAGACCACCUGUGAGGGCUGCUGAGAUUGGCGGAGGCGGUCAUGUGGGCGGUCACGUGCUGCGGCGAGCUCCGUCCAAAAGAAAAUGGGGUUUGGUGUAAAUCUGGGGGUGUAAUGUUAUCAUAUAUCACGCUACCUCGUAAAACCGACACUGAAAGCUGCCGGACAACAAAUCACAGGUCAAAAUUAUGAGUUCUUCGUAUUAUGUGAACGCGCUUUUUAGCAAAUAUACGGCGGGGGCUUCUCUGUUCCAAAAUGCCGAGCCGACUUCUUGCUCCUUUGCGCCCAACUCACAGAGAAGCGGCUACGGGGCGGGCGCCGGCGCCUUCGCCUCGACCGUUCCGGGCUUAUACAAUGUCAACAGCCCCCUUUAUCAGAGCCCCUUUGCGUCCGGCUACGGCCUGGGCGCCGACGCCUACGGCAACCUGCCCUGCGCCUCCUACGACCAAAACAUCCCCGGGCUCUGCAGUGACCUCGCCAAAGGCGCCUGCGACAAGGCGGACGAGGGCGCGCUGCAUGGCGCGGCUGAGGCCAAUUUCCGCAUCUACCCCUGGAUGCGGUCUUCAGGACCUGACAGGAAGCGGGGCCGCCAGACCUACACGCGCUACCAGACGCUGGAGCUGGAGAAGGAGUUCCACUUCAACCGCUACCUGACGCGGCGCCGCCGCAUUGAAAUCGCCCACGCGCUCUGCCUCACCGAGCGCCAGAUUAAGAUCUGGUUCCAGAACCGCCGCAUGAAGUGGAAGAAAGAGCAUAAGGACGAUGGUCCGACUGCCGCCGCAGCUCCCGAGGGCGCCGUGCCCUCUGCCGCCGCCACUGCUGCCGCGGACAAGGCCGACGAGGAGGACGAUGAUGAAGAAGAGGAAGACGAGGAGGAAUGAGGGGCCGAUCCGGGGCCCUCGCUGCACCGGACAGUCGGAAAAGCAUCUUUAAGAGACUCACUGGUUUUACUUACAAAAAUGGGAAAAAUAAAAGAAAAUGUAAAAAACAAAAACAAAAACAAAAAAGCAACCCAGUCCCCAACCUGCACUCUACCCACCCCCAUCACCUACUCCAGCUCCCAACUUUUGUGGACUGAGCGGCCGCAGAGACUGGGUCGCCUUGGAUUCCCUCUGCCUCCGAGGACCCCAAAAGACACCCCCAACCCCAGGCCAGCCGGCCCUGCUCUGGCGCGUCCAAAAUACUACCUAGCACAGGCCUCUGCUCGAGGCACCCCCAAACUACCUAUGUAUCCAGCCCCAGAGGGCCUCCAUUCCCAGGAAGUCCCUAUGUAUCCCAACACUGGCAGACACCCAGCACCACCCUCCCAGACCCGCAAGAAAGUGAAUCUCACUACUACCUACUCCCCUAAAACUACCUAUUUUGUGCUGGCUGGCUUGCCUGCUACCUAGUGCCGACUGCUCCCAGGCAAGUCCCCUGCUGCUUACAGCCCGCAGCUUUUGGGGUCCCUGAGGCUGCCCUGAGAAUGUGCUGAGGUCCAGGAUCAGGGUAUUGGCAUCUAUUUAAAUCGAAAAAUAAUAUAUUUAUUCCAAAAAGCAUCCUAAGUGCUUGCACCCUAGAAUCAAUCCCUCCUUCUCUGGCUUGGCACCCACAGCUCAGGCCCAUCAACCCCCACUUCUGGAGGGGAAUGUUCCUGAGCUGGCUGCAGAUCUGUGGGUUAGCUUCUGCUUAGCAGGACUGUGGAGAUGCUCCCAGCUUCGCUGUCCUUUCCUCUGGCUCCUGUAUCUUACUGUUCAGCUGUGUUAAAUAUGUAUGCCCUGAUGUUUCCUAUAAUAGCAGAUACUGUAUAUUUGAACAAGAUUUUUUUUGAUCAUUUCUAUAGUCUUGGAGUUCAUUUGUAAGGCAGUGUCUUGACUUGGAAAGGAUGUGUUAAUGGGGUGACUUUGUAGCAUGGUAUGUUGUCUUGAGUUAACUGUAGUGGGUGGGGAGGUCCAAUGCCCUCCGCAAUGCCCUUCAUCUCCUGUGUUGUCCUGUACCCUGCUCAGCUCCAUCCUGGGGUUCAGGGAAGGCACACUUCCCAGCCCAGCUGUGUUUUAUGUAACCGAAAAUAAAGAUGCGUGGUGACAAAGAAAAA